CAUGUUACGUUCUGUUUUAAAUAAACAUACAUAUACAUACAGUGGAUCAGUUAUAUACAUUAUAUACCCAAAUAUGUUUAUAGGUCAACAUUUUCUGCUUAACUCCUUAAAACAACGAAAUUUUCAGCGUUGAUUCUUAAGCUACAUAUACAUAUGUAUAGAAUACACUAGUGUGAAACAUUGAAUAUUUAUAAAUACAUAUGUAUGUUAACUUUUUCGAAAAUUAAAUAUGUAUACGCCAAAUUAAGAAACCUAAUUAAACUUAACAUUGAAAAUACAUAACUACAAAGCUUUGUUCAUUUUAUGCUGACUUAAAGUUAAAGGUAUUCACAAACGAAGAAGGCUGUUCAUUCAAAAACGGAAGACCAAUCAGAUUGGAAUCCAGAGAACCAUGCUCAGAGAAGUUAAAUUUCAUCAAAUGUUUGCUUCUAUGCUUGAAAUGAAAAUACUUCAAGCUACAAUUAUUGAAGCUCAUCAGAAUUUAAUAAGGCACAACUUUACGUAAACAUUAACUGGGUUAAAAUUUCAAACGAACUAAUUGCUGUCGUCCAACCUGAGUAUAUUCCUGUUACUAAAAUUUGCCUCUCAAAUCAUGAAGUUACUGGAGAGUUCACGUUUUGAGGCCAUUAACAAUGCGCUUUCUAUACAAACAAGUGGUAUCACGAUCUUUGGUCGCAUAGAAAGCUAUUCAUGCAAAAUGGUUGCAGCCGAAAAAGUACUGUAUAAACGAUUUACAGCAGAUACUCAUGGGCAUGACCUUCAGGCGUUAUCACCACCUCAAACUUUGUCUGACUUUUCGCCUAACUUUCGGCGAAACAACAGUCAGUCUGGAGAUGAAGGUAUCACUAUUUGUGAUACAAUUUCCAGAAAGACAUUGUUUUAUUUAAUUGCAACUUUAAAUGCUUCAUUUGAGCCAGAUUACGAUUUUUCUGAAGCUAAGUCUCAUGAAUUUAGCAAAGAGCCAUCGUUACAGUGGGUUGUGAAUUCAAUUCAUUCAAAUUUAUCGGCAUUAGCGGGAGAUCAAUAUCAAGUUAUUCGACAACCACUAUGGUCUGCUGUUGAUGACGAAGUAAUCUUAUCAGAAUGUGACAUAUACAGUUAUAAUCCAGAUCUUAGUUGCGAUCCAUUUGGAGAGCCAGGCUGUUUAUGGUCAUUUAAUUAUUUCUUUUACAACAAGAAAUUAAAACGGAUUGUAUUUUUUACAAGUCGUGCAGUAAAUUCUCUUUAUACUGGAGAAACCUCGGACUUUUCGAUGGAAGAGGAUAUAUAUUAAGAAAAUGCGGUCGCCUGUUUCAAAAAAUUCAAUAUAUAAAAUUUGUCGAACCAUUUGACUGGAGAUUCCAGAAUGAUUCAUAGUUGAUAUUGGUGGUUUGAUUGCAAAUUUUCCUACCCUUAAUAUUAGUUUGGGUUAUGAAUUCAAUUCAUUCAAAUUUAUCGGCAUUAACGGGAGAUUAAUUUCGAGUUAUACGACAUCCAUUAUGGUCUGCUGUUGAUGUCGAAGGGAUCUUAUCAGAAUGUGACAUAUUCAGUUAUAAUCCAGAUCUGAGUUGUGAACCAGGGUGUUUAUGGUCAUAUAAUUAUUUCUUUAACAAGAUUUUAAAACGGAAUGUAUUUUGUACAAGUCGUGCUGUAAAGUAUAUAUAGUUUGUUCUUGCCUAUAACAAAUGUAAUGAAUUACUAUAUUUCAGUUCUCUUUAUACUUAAGAAAAUGCUGCCGCCUGUUUCAAAAAUUCAAUAUAGAUCUUUUUCAAAACAGUUGACUGGAGAUUUCAUAAUGAUUUAUAGCUGUUAUUGGAUUGAUUGCAAAUUUAAUGUAUCCUUAAAAUUAGUUUGGACAGCGAAUUCUAGUUAAUAAAUAUUAAAUAUAAGAUAGUUUGAUACUAAGAGUAAAAAUUUAAUUUCGUAUACAAAAUAAACACAUUAUCACUAAAUUA